AUGGAAAAUUCAAAAAAAGCACCAUCCUUCAAAGAGAGCCGAACUAAGGAAACCAAUGGGACAAUAGAUCCCGAAUUAAUUAAAGAAUUAAAAUUUGAUGCGGAUAUUCGUGACCUUUGGUCAAAAAGCGUUUAUGAGCGAGAUCGACGCGAAACAUUUUCAAAGAUUGAUGAAAUUUAUGAUUUUAUCAUUGUAGGAGCCGGUACAGCAGGAUGUGUAUUAGCAAGAGAGCUGAUUCAUAAUAUUCCUCAUGUUAAUAUUUUGGUAUUGGAGGCUGGCCCACCGGCUACACAAGUCAAUGAUAGGAUGCGUUUACCGGGCACAUAUUCUUUAGCAAGUGUCAUUUGGCGAACAAAAGAGGCCGACUGGGGAUAUUACACCGAAGCUCAAACGAUGCCCGGUACGGUUGACCCCACAAAAGAAGUAUUAAACAAAGGCUUCGUUUAUCCGCGUGCUAAGAUCUGGGGAGGUUGUAGUUCUGUGAAUGGAAUGAUCUAUAUACGAGGUCAAAAGAAGGAUUAUGAACUUUGGGCAGAACAAGGUCCCGAAUAUAGAAUUUGGGAUUGGGAACAUUGUCUUGAAGCAUUCAAAGCAGUUGAGAAUAAUGCACGUGAAAAUCCUAGCGAGGAGUUUAAAAAGUAUCACGGUUUCAAUGGUUUGCUUCAUGUGCAAGAUAAUCCAAAGAAUAUUUAUAAAAUAUUAUCGGAUGUUGUUGAGGUUGCAAAAAAUCUUGGCAUUCCUUACAACGAAGAUUUCAACGGUGUUAGGCAAAAUGGAGUAGGCGGACAUCAGCACACGAUAAAAGACGGAAAGCGUUUUUCACUGGCAGACGGCUAUUUGGUGGAUGCACUGAAAAAAGUAGAAAUUUAUCCUGAAUCAAAACCACUCGGUCCUCCCUACGGAUUACCCGAUGAAGUCGGAAAGUUUGUAGCUGUAAAUGUUAAAUCUCAUGCUCAUGCGUUGAACAUUAUCUGGGAUGAAGAAAAGAAAGAUGAGAAUGUUGCGAUUGGCGUAAGGUAUUUUUAUGACGGUGGAGUGCACAAUGCUUUUAUUGCCCCAAAAGGCGAAGUGAUUCUUUGUGGCGGUACGAUUAAUAGCCCCCAGAUCCUGAUGCUUUCUGGUAUAGGCCCGAAGGAGAAUUUAGAGGCAAAUAAUAUUAAAAUUCGCAAAGAAUUGCCAGUUGGACGUAAUCUUUGGGAUCACCCUUUAUGUUUUCUUAGCGGCAAAGUUAUGAACCCGGAAAAGGAAAGUGUUCCUCGUCUUCAUUCUUGGAGUAGCGGAUUCGAAAUUGGAAUCUUUCAUAAGGGCAAUGUUGAAGGAAAAAUUCCUAGCAAAGAAGAUUUUCUGGAUGAGCGGCCCGACAUGCAACUUUAUGCAACUCCGACUAUAGUGGAUCCAUCCAUUGCUGCAAAUUUCGAAUCCCUUGCAAUAAGCAUGGUUCUUAAUAUUCCUUCAAGUGUUGGUCACCUGGAGCUACGUAGUCCUGAUCCAUUUACCCAACCAAAUAUAUUUCUUAAUUACUACUCAAAGCCUGAUGACCUAUAUAGGAUGAUGAGCUCCCUUAAAUUAGCACGUGAAAUAUUUAAACAACCUCCAUUAAAUACUGUUUGGGGUGUAGAAGAAGUCGGGUUUGAUGAUGAGCUUGGAAAGUACAGUAGUGGUAAAGAUGGAGAGAUGACUGAUGAAGAUUGGGAACGGUAUAUUCGCGAAAAGACAUUCACAUCAUUUCACCCAUGCGGAACCGUAAAAAUGGCACCUGCAUCUCAGGGAGGAGUUGUCGAUCAUCGUCUCCAGGUUUACGGAACAAAAAACCUUCGAGUUGUUGAUGCCUCGAUCUUUCCAAUGGUUCCGAGUGGCAAUACCAAUGCUCCUACAGCCAUGGUCGCAUGGAGGGCAAGCAGACUAAUUAAAGAGGAUUAUGAUAAAAAGCUUUAA